AUGGCUGCUUCAUUCCGGCUGCAAUUGUCGAUCCUGGGAUGGUUACUGAUCGCCUCAACAGUUUACGCUCUAAGCGUUGUCCGGUAUGAGCGUGAGGAUAUGAAGAACCUCGACGAGGAAGCGCAGAUCCUGGCUGACGAAGGACGAGAAAUUGCGGAGCUUAUCGGAGCGAGAAAAUUACAUCAGUCUUCCCUAGCUCAGCAGCUUGAUUUUAAUGAUCAAUUCCGACGUAGACCUAGAGCAACUGCAGGAUCUCCAGCUACCACGCCUAAAGGUAACGAAUGCCGCACACGGGCCGGUGAGAAGGGUCAUUGCACACGCUAUCAAAAUUGCAAGGGACCGGAGUUGAAGGACAGCGUGUGGUCCAUCUUGCAACAUCUCUGCAUUGUGGAGGGCCUCAACGUGGGAGUCUGCUGUCCGGACGUGGUACAGGAAGGUAGUGGACCCGAAUUUUCCGUACGUCUUCCGGCUACUGCUGACUCGUACGACGAUGUCGAAGGGUUGGGUGAUGGACCAACGGCUCGUGACUCGAUCGUAAGACCAGAGGAACGUGGCUGCGGACUUUCCACGAAGCAGCUGUCGAAGAUCUCAGGCGGACGUCCGGCUGACUCUAACGAAUGGCCCUGGAUGGUGGCCCUGGUCAUGUCGCGUGUGUCCUUCUGCGGUGGCGUACUAAUCACGGAUCGACACGUCCUAACGGCAGCCCACUGUGUAAUGAACCUGAAGCUAACCCAGUUCGUUGUACGACUGGGCGAGUAUGACUUCAAGCAGUACAAUGAAACGCGUUACCGGGACUUCCGCGUCGCUGAGAUCCGAUCCCACGCUGACUUCGAUCAGAUCAGCUACGAGCAUGACAUCGCGAUGCUGAAGCUCGUGCAGCCAUCGUUCUUCAACUCGUACAUCUGGCCUAUCUGCAUGCCACCACUCGACGACAGCUGGACCGGGUAUCAGGCUAUCGUGACCGGUUGGGGUACGCAGUUCUUCGGUGGACCACACUCGACUAUCCUAAUGGAGGUGAAGAUUCCGAUCUGGUCCAACCAGGACUGCCAGGAUGUGUACGUGAACCGCAUCUAUAACACCACCCUGUGCGCGGGCGACUACGAAGGUGGCAAGGACUCGUGCCAGGGUGAUAGCGGAGGACCACUUAUGAUUCAGCUGCCGAACCGACGCUGGGCCGUUGUGGGGGUCGUUUCCUGGGGAAUUCGGUGCGGUGAAGCGAACCAUCCUGGGAUCUACACGCGAGUCAGCUCGUACGUACGAUGGAUCAUCGAAAACGCUGUGUUCUAGAGCUGUAAGGUGGUUAUACUGGUAUGACUUCUAUGCUAGGUCUGUAAAAGGGCUAGAGAUAAUCCCUUGUAGCAUUUCGACAUUCAGACCCUUCUAAAAUGUCGAUUGAA